CCGACCGGGGACCGAGCUACAUGAAUCUUUGACCAUUGAUGUGUAAAUUUUUUAUUUAUAAUAUACAUUUUAGUUAGUACGAAGUCCUAAAUCUUUUCGUGAGUAGUUGCUUUUAAAUGGUUAAAGAUGAGCUUUGAGUUAACUUUGGACGAAUUCGAUGGCUCUCAUUGCAUUGAUCGGGUAGCUUCUUUUGGAGGAAAUGCUGCCAUUGCAGGAGCCAUAUAUGGAAGUGUGGCUGCAGCCUUCAUGACACCUGCUCCACAUCCCAAACCAAAUAUUAUUCAAGCUUUAGGAUUAGUCAGUCGGUACUCAAUAUUAAUUGGCAGUGCAGGGGCUCUGUUUGCUGGCUCAACUUGUGCUUUGGCUUCAGUACGAGAGAAGGAUGACUACAUAAAUUGGGCAUUUGGUGGUGCUUUAGCUGGUUCCAUAUUUGGAAUGAAAGCUCGAAACAUACCAGUGGGCCUUGGCUGGGCAUGCGCACUUGGUACCCUGGGGGCUAUGGUGAAAUAUACUGAAGUUUACAAAGAUCCCCUGCCUCGAAGAGAGAUGCCUUGAUUUUAUCUGUUACAGUACGUACUCAUUGAAUGGAGAGAGAAGAGUUUGAUAUUUUCAAAUCAUUGCCGAUUUCUCAGGCUUAACGAUCUAAAGAAAUAAAAAUUUUAUUCUGAACUUGUUUUAUCUGGAAGUAUUUUUUCGUUGCCUUGUAAUACUGUUGUGAAUAAAAUUUGUGGUAUGUUUAAUAAAGAUUUCAACAACUUUU